CCCCUUCGCCCCUGCUCGCCCCCCGCGCCCCUGCGCCCCUGCUCGCCUCCCCCUGCGCCCCUGUCCACCUCCCCGCCGCCUCCCGCGCCCCUGCUCGCCUCCCCUCGCCCCCCAGCGCGGCGUGGGGAUGUCCCGGGGACUCUAGCCCGCGCCCCGCUCUCGCCAGCGCGGGAUCCACCCGGUCCCAGAGCGAUGCCCCGCGGUGGUCCCCGACAUGCGCGGACUGAGCCCCUGCCCCGCGGCGGACAGCCCUGAGCCAGGGGUCGCGAGCCCCCGGCCCGCGCUGAGCCCGGCGCACGCGGAGGCCGAAGGCGCGCUCAGCCCUGACGUGAUGCGGCGCCGGCGCGGGGGCCUCGUGGAGCAGCGCGACGUGGUCCGCGCGCACCAGGCGCACAAGCUGCAGAGCACCCCGCAGGCGCGCCGGCGCGAGUGGGAGAUGGCUCGCUUCGGGGAGGCGGCGGCGGUGGUGGCCAGGCCCGGCUCGGGCUCGGGCGACUCGGACCAGAGCCGGAACCGGCCGGGGACCCCGGUGCCGGCCGCGGGCUCGGCGGCCGCGUACAAGCAGACGAAGGCGCAGCGCGCUCGGACCAUGGCCCUGUACAACCCCAUCCCCGUCCGGCAGAACUGCUUCACCGUCAACCGCUCCCUCUUCAUCCUCGCCGAGGAGAACAUCGUGCGCAAAUACGCCCGCAAGCUCACCGAUUGGCCGCCCUUCGAGUACAUGAUCCUGGCCACCAUCAUCGCCAACUGCAUCGUCCUGGCCCUGGAGCAGCACCUCCCAGAGGACGACAAGACGCCCAUGUCCAGGAGGCUGGAGAAGACGGAGCCAUAUUUCAUCGGCAUCUUCUGCUUUGAGGCGGGCAUCAAGAUCGUGGCCCUGGGCUUCAUCUUCCACAAGGGCUCCUACCUGCGCAACGGCUGGAACGUCAUGGAUUUCAUCGUGGUCCUCAGCGGGGGCUUCCAGGGCCGUCACUCCAAGGGCUGGGAGUUCUACAGUGGGAAGCUGCACCGCGCCUGCUUCACCAACACCUCCGGGAUCCUGGAAGGGUUCGACCCCCCUCACCCCUGCGGCGUGCAGGGCUGCCCCGCGGGCUACGAGUGCCGGGACUGGAUCGGGCCCAACGACGGCAUCACGCAGUUCGACAACAUCCUGUUCGCCGUGCUCACCGUGUUCCAGUGCAUCACCAUGGAGGGCUGGACCACCGUGCUCUACAACACCAACGAUGCCUUAGGUGCCACCUGGAACUGGCUCUACUUCAUCCCCCUCAUCAUCAUCGGUUCCUUCUUCGUGCUCAACCUCGUCCUGGGGGUCCUGUCUGGGGAGUUCGCCAAGGAGAGAGAGCGCGUGGAGAACCGGAGGGCCUUCAUGAAGCUGCGGCGCCAGCAGCAGAUCGAGCGGGAGCUCAACGGCUACCGGGCCUGGAUCGACAGGGCAGAGGAGGUCAUGCUGGCUGAGGAGAACAAGAACGCAGGGACCUCAGCCUUGGAAGUGCUCCGCAGGGCCACCAUCAAGAGGAGUCGGACGGAGGCCAUGACCCGGGACGCCAGCGACGAGCACUGUGUGGACAUCUCCUCUGUGGGCACGCCCCUGGCCCGCGGCAGCAUCAAGGGCGCCAAGGUGGACGGCGCGUCGUACCUGCGCCACAAGGAGCGGCGCCUGCGCAUCUCCAUCCGCCACACCGUCAAGUCCCAGGCCUUCUACUGGACCGUGCUGGGCCUGGUGGCGCUCAACACCGCCUGCGUGGCCAUCGUGCACCACAACCAGCCACCCUGGCUCACGCACCUGCUCUACUACGCGGAGUUCCUGUUCCUGGGCCUCUUCCUGCUGGAGAUGAGCCUGAAGAUGUACGGGCUGGGGCCACGCCUCUACUUCCACUCGUCCUUCAACUGCUUCGACUUCGGGGUCACCGUGGGCAGCAUCUUCGAGGUGGUCUGGGCCAUCUUCCGCCCCGGCACGUCCUUCGGCAUCAGCGUGCUGCGCGCCCUGCGGCUUCUCCGGAUAUUCAAGAUCACCAAGUACUGGGCGUCCCUGCGGAACCUGGUGGUGUCCUUGAUGAGUUCCAUGAAAUCCAUCAUCAGCCUCCUCUUCCUCCUCUUCCUCUUCAUCGUGGUCUUCGCCCUCCUGGGGAUGCAGCUGUUUGGGGGCAGGUUCAACUUCAACGACGGGACGCCGUCGGCGAACUUCGAUACCUUCCCCGCGGCCAUCAUGACCGUGUUCCAGAUCCUGACGGGCGAGGACUGGAACGAGGUGAUGUACAACGGCAUUCGCUCCCAGGGCGGCGUGAGCUCGGGCAUGUGGGCCGCAGUCUACUUCAUCAUCCUCACCCUCUUCGGCAACUACACGCUGCUGAACGUGUUCUUGGCCAUCGCUGUGGACAACCUGGCGAACGCCCAGGAGCUGACCAAGGACGAGCAGGAGGAGGAGGAGGCGUUCAACCAGAAACACAUGCUGCAGAAGGCCAAGGAGGUCAGCCCCAUGUCCGCGCCCAACAUGCUGGCCCUCGAAAGGAGGCGACGCCAUCACAUGUCGAUGUGGGAGCCGCGCAGCAGGCACUUGAGGGAGCGGCGCCGGCGGCACCACAUGUCCGUGUGGGAGCAGCGCACGAGCCAGCUGCGCAGGCACAUGCAGAUGUCCAGCCAGGAGGCCCUGAACAAGGACGACGGCCCGCCCAUGAACCCCCUGAACCCCCUCAACCCGCUGAGCCCCCUCAACCCGCUCAAUGCCCACCCCAGCCUGUACCGGAGGCCCCCCCGGGCCGUCGAGGGCCUGGGGCGCUGCGAGGAGGAGCGCGGCAGCCGCGGGGGGUCCCUCAAGGUGGGCUUCGGGGACCGGCCGCACAGCCCGCUGGCCCUGGGCAGGCGGGAGCCGCCGUGGCUGGCCCGGCCAUGCCUGGGGAACUGCGAGGCGGCCCCGGUGGAGGCUGGCGGCGGCAGCGGCGGCAGCGGGGGCAGCUCGGAGCCCACCGUGACCUUCGAAGACCGGGCCCGGCACCGCCAGAGCCAGCGGCGCAGCCGGCACCACCGCCGCGUGCGGUUGGAGGGCCGCGAGCCCGCGUCCAGCUCCCGCAGCCGCUCGGCCAGCCAGGAGCGCAGCCUGGACGAGGCGGGACCCCCGGCCGACGGGGAGCCCCACGGCGGCAAGCAGCCCCCGAUCCAGGAGGAGGAGAGAGGCCAGGACUUGAGGCGGACCAACAGCCUGAUGGUGGCCGGGGGCGCCGGGCUGGGCCGGGCCCUGGAGGACGCCGAGAACCCGCUGCUGCCGCCGCCGGCCGAGCUGGAGGUGGGCAGGGACGCGGAGCCCGAGGCGGAGGGCAGCAGCGAGCAGGCCCUGCUGGCCGACGUGCAGCUGGACAUCGGCCGCGGCAUUAGCCACAGCGAGCCCGACCUGUCGUGCGCCACCAGCCCCACGGACAAGGCCGGCACCGAGAGCACCAGUGUCGCCGUAGCCAUCCCCGACGUGGGCCCCUUGGUGGAGUCCACCGUGGUGCACAUGAGCAACAAGACGGACGGGGAGGCCAGCCCCCUGAAGGAGGCCGAGAUCCCGGAGGAGGAGGACGAGGAGGACGAGGAGGGGGCGGAGAAGAAGAAGAAGAAGAAGAAGAAAGAGAAGCGGGAGCCGGGCAAGGCCAUGGUCCCUCAUAGCUCCAUGUUCAUCUUCAGCACCACCAACCCGAUCCGCCGGGCCUGCCACUACAUCGUCAACCUGCGCUACUUCGAGAUGUGCAUCCUGCUGGUCAUCGCGGCCAGCAGCAUCGCCCUGGCCGCCGAGGACCCCGUCCUCACCAACUCGGAACGCAACAGGGUCCUGCGCUACUUCGACUAUGUCUUCACCGGCGUGUUCACUUUCGAGAUGGUCAUUAAGAUGAUCGACCAGGGCCUGAUUCUGCAGGACGGCUCCUACUUCCGGGACCUGUGGAACAUUCUGGACUUCGUGGUGGUGGUCGGCGCCUUGGUGGCCUUCGCUCUGGCCACCAACAAGGCCCGCGACAUCAAGACCAUCAAGUCGCUUCGGGUGCUUCGGGUGCUGCGGCCGCUCAAGACCAUCAAACGGCUGCCCAAGCUCAAGGCCGUGUUCGACUGCGUGGUCACGUCCCUGAAGAACGUCUUCAACAUCCUCAUCGUCUACAAGCUCUUCAUGUUCAUCUUCGCCGUCAUCGCUGUGCAGCUGUUCAAGGGCAAGUUCUUCUACUGCACCGACAGCUCCAAGGACACGGAGAAGGAGUGCAUAGGCAACUACGUGGACCACGAGAAGAACAAGAUGGAGGUGAAGGGCCGCGAGUGGAAACGACACGACUUUCAUUACGACAACAUCGUCUGGGCGCUGCUGACGCUCUUCACCGUGUCCACGGGCGAGGGCUGGCCGCAGGUCCUGCAGCACUCAGUGGACGUGACGGAGGAGGACCGCGGCCCGAGCCGCAGCAACCGCAUGGAGAUGUCCAUCUUCUACGUGGUCUACUUCGUGGUCUUCCCCUUCUUCUUCGUCAACAUCUUCGUGGCCCUCAUCAUCAUCACGUUCCAGGAGCAGGGCGACAAGAUGAUGGAGGAGUGCAGCCUGGAGAAGAACGAGCGGGCCUGCAUCGACUUCGCCAUCAGCGCCAAGCCGCUCACACGCCACAUGCCGCAGAACCGCCACACCUUCCAGUACCGCGUGUGGCAGUUCGUGGUGUCCCCGUCCUUCGAGUACACCAUCAUGGCCAUGAUCGCCCUCAACACCGUCGUGCUCAUGAUGAAGUACUACUCGGCCCCCUGCACCUACGAGCUGGCCCUCAAGUACCUGAACAUCGCCUUCACCAUGGUCUUCUCCCUCGAGUGCGUCCUCAAGGUCAUCGCCUUCGGCUUCCUGAACUAUUUCCGCGACACCUGGAACAUCUUCGACUUCAUCACGGUCGUCGGCAGCAUCACGGAGAUCAUCCUCACCGACAGCAAGCUGGUGAACACGAGCGGCUUCAACAUGAGCUUCCUGAAGCUGUUCCGGGCGGCGCGGCUCAUCAAGCUGCUGCGCCAGGGCUACACCAUCCGCAUCCUGCUCUGGACCUUCGUGCAGUCCUUCAAGGCCCUGCCCUACGUCUGUCUGCUCAUCGCCAUGCUCUUCUUCAUCUACGCCAUCAUCGGCAUGCAGGUGUUCGGAAACAUCAAACUGGACGAGGAGAGUCACAUCAACCGCCACAACAACUUCCGGAGCUUCUUCGGGUCCCUCAUGCUGCUGUUCAGGAGCGCCACGGGCGAGGCGUGGCAGGAGAUCAUGCUGUCGUGCCUGGGCGAGAAGGGCUGUGAGCCCGACACCAGCGCCCCCGCCGGACCCCCGGGCCAGGAGCGCUGCGGCACCGACCUGGCCUACGUCUACUUCGUGUCCUUCAUCUUCUUCUGCUCCUUCCUGAUGCUCAACCUGUUCGUGGCCGUCAUCAUGGACAACUUUGAGUACCUGACGCGCGACUCGUCCAUCCUGGGCCCGCACCACCUGGACGAGUUCGUCCGCGUCUGGGCCGAGUACGACCGCGCUGCCUGCGGCCGCAUCCAUUACACUGAGAUGUACGAGAUGCUGACCCUCAUGUCGCCCCCGCUGGGCCUCGGCAAGCGCUGCCCCUCCAAGGUGGCCUACAAGAGGCUGGUGCUCAUGAACAUGCCGGUGGCCGAGGACAUGACGGUGCACUUCACGUCCACGCUCAUGGCGCUCAUCCGCACGGCGCUGGACAUCAAGAUCGCCAAAGGCGGCGCCGACCGGCAGCAGCUGGACUCGGAGCUUCAGAAGGAGACGCUGGCCAUCUGGCCCAACCUGUCCCAGAAGAUGCUGGAUCUCCUGGUGCCCAUGCCAAAAGCGUCCGACCUGACCGUGGGCAAGAUCUACGCGGCCAUGAUGAUCAUGGACUACUACAAGCAGAGCAAGGUCAAGAAGCGGCAGCUGGAGCUGGAGGAGCAGAAAAACGCGCCCAUGUUCCAGCGCAUGGAGCCAUCGUCGCUGCCGCAGGACAUCGUGGCCAACGCCCGCGCCCUCCCCUACCUGCAGCAGGACCCGGGGCCCGGCCUGAGCGGCUACGUGUCGGCAAGCCCCCUGUCGCCGCAGGAGCUGUUCCAGCUGGCCUGCAUGGAGCCGGCCGACGACGGGCAGCUGCGGGAGGAGGACGCUCUGGAGCCCGCGGGUAGUGCAUUAGGCAGCGGGCAGCCCUGUCCCCUCGGCCACCUCCCUGCGGACGCGCUGCAGCCGGCGGGAUCCGGGAAGGCGUCCUCUAUGCCACGCCUGACCGUGGGUCCCCAGGUGCUGGACUCCAGCCCCAUGCGCCGCUCCUUCUCCACCAUCCGCGACAAGCGCUCGGGCGCGUCCUGGCUGGAGGAGUUCUCCAUGGAGCGCAGCAGCGAGAACACCUACAAGUCCCGGCGCCGCAGCUACCACGCGUCCCUGCGGCUCUCGGCGCAGCGACUGCACGCCGACACGGGACACAAGUCCGAGAGCCACCGCGCGGGCCGGGAGCGGGGCCGCUCCAAGGAGCGCCGGCACCUGCUGUCCCCCGACGUGUCCCGCUGUAACUCAGAGGAGCGCACCCAGGCCGACGACGACAACGGGGACUCGCCCGAGCACCGGCCGUCCCGCUCGCCCAGCGAGGGCCGAGAGGCCACCCCCAGCAGACAGGGCACCGGCUCGCUCAGCGAAAGCUCCAUCCCCUCCGUGUCGGACAACAGCACCCCGAGACGCAGCCGGCGGCAGCUGCCCCCGGUGCCCCCGAAGCCGCGGCCGCUCCUGUCCUACAGCUCGGCCCAGGGCAGCCGGGAGGGCUCCCCGCAGGCGGCGGCGGUGGCCGGCGCGCCCGCCUCGCCGCAGCGCUACAUCUCGGAGCCGUACCUAGCGGGCCAGGAGGACACGCAGGCCUCGGAUUGCGGCGAGGAGGAGACGCUGACCUUCGAGGCGGCCGUGGCCACCAGCCUGGGCCGUGCCAACACCAUCGGCUCGGCGCCGCCGCUACGGCACGGCUGGCAGAUGCCCAACGGCCACUACCGGCGGCGGCGGCGCGGGGCCCCGGGGCCGGCCGGGGACGUGCUGAGCGACACAGAGGAGGACGACCGAUGCUAGAGCCGAGCGCUGUGCCCCCUGCAUGCUCGAGACCACGACGCCGCGCCCUCCCGGGGGCCGCACCCCCCUCUUGCUCCAUUGCGCGCACGCACGCACACAGCGGGCAGCGGGGACCCCCGCGGGGACACGCCCCCCGCCCCCUCCCGGGCCCCACGCGGCCGCAGCAGGACGGAUGGAGCCGGCCAAGCCAUCCAUCGCCCUGCGCUGUGGACACCGCGGCGGGGCCUGCUGUGGGCGCUGUCGCCGCCGGGGCUCAGCCCGCGUCGGGGUCACUCGCAAAUAUACCUCAGCUUCGACCGGCUGCCCCGGGGCCCUCCCCGGCCGUCCCGGCGCGGGCAGUGCAGGCUCUGGGUUCUAGAUUGUUCUCUGGGUGCCCCCUCCUCCCCCGGCCCCGGCUGGCAGGUGCUGGGCCUGGAACAGUGGAACAGGUCCGUCUGCUUUGCCGGGACCCCGCCGGGUAGACGCCCACCUCUGCCCAGCGAGAGUACCGCCCCGGGCCCCCUGGCGGACAGGGCUGUGCUGUGGCCGUGUGGCCCCCCGCCCCGUUCCCAAGGCGCCUGGCUCUCGAGGGCAGGGCUGGGACCCGCCCAGCGUCCCCACCCCGGCGAGCAAGCUCCUUGGAGAAGUGCCCCGCCCCUGCACUGACCAUAAAGGCCACUCUGCUCUCCGCCGCUGGCCCCCGAGUGUUUCUUGAGGGGCCUGGCCUGCCGCCCGCCUCGGGUCUCCCUCCUCGCCUGGGAGCACUGUCCGGCGAGUCCCGGUUGGACCUGAGUGAGACAGAGGUCACUCGGGGGAGAGCCCACGCCAAAGACACCAGGCCUGGGGGCCGCCCGGUGGGCGGGGCACACCCCAGACUGCUCCCCGCUUCCUCCUGCUCCCCGCCAAGUGCUAUUUGGGCGCCGGCCAGCAUGCCCGCCCCCCCACCCCACCCAACAAGCCAUGGACUGGACAUGCGUUCUCAAAGCUCGAACCCGCUCCCAGGAGAUGGAUGACCCAAGCGAGCUGGAUUGCAGGGGCAAGGGAGGGAGGGAGGGAGGGGUCUAGCUUUGGGGGUGGUCUCGCAGGCGACACACCUGCUCUGGCCCCGCGGUGGCCCGAGGGUCCGUCUAGGCUGACCCCCCCCUCGCAGCGACGCUGGGACCCGGAGCCGCGGACUCGCACUCGGAGGAGAGAAACGGUGACGGAGUUUGCGUCGCAUCUGGGACGUGGGAAGCGCCGGCUCACUCCCGCCUCCCGCGUUACUUGUGCCUUCAGCCUGAGUGGUCAGCGGCUGCCUGCGGCCGCCGGGGUCUUGGCUCCGCCCCUGCCUAAUGCCCCGGUUCCCCUCGCAGCGCCCUGAUGCAGGGGUCACUUCCGGCGGGGCCCCGUCCCGUCCACUGCAGCCUCCUAUCCCCGCCGGGCACUUGCGAGUCCUCCCUGAACAGUGCUCGGCAACUUGCUCCGGGCCCCAGUGCUCCGUGAGAGAGGGCCGGGCAGAUGCACGGCCACGUCCAGCCGGCGCCGUUUCCGUUUCCUCCGUGGGAGACACCACGGGCGCGUGUCCAAGUGAAGGGGAUGCCAGAAGGGCGUGACCAGGAAGCAGGAGCCCCCCCGGGGCCCCAGGGCCGCUGGCCGGUGGCAUCGGGGAGGCGCCCUGCAGAGCGGAGCCCCCCCGAGCAUCUGAACUGCGUCAGGAAUCAUGGCAUGACCCACGGGAGAGGGUCCCGGGCACCAGGGAGGACGCCCAAAGGGGGGGGCGUGAAGUGGCCAAAAUUACCCCCAGCCCAGGGGGGCGCCGCUCGGGUCCCUUCUGCUCGGGUGCAAAGCCAGGCCGGGAGGGAGGAGAAGGGGACAGAGGUGGAGACGCCCCAGCACGUGGCCGUGAUCCACCUUCACGGGGGUGGGGGAGGGGAUGCAGUUGCCCGAAGCUGGACUCACCCCACAGUGCUCUCCUACCCGGGCAGGGCGGUUGAAGGUGGCAGAUGGACAGACGGAGGCUGGACUUUGCAGGAGCCCCGGGGCGGGGAGAGGAGGGGGCUUGGCUGGGAGUCAGCGGCGCGGGGGGGCUGUCCCUGGGACGGGGGGGCUCAAAAGAAAAGACCACCAGGAAGAAGAGGCUGUGCCUGGCCACCAGCUGCCCCCCACCCCCGCCAUCCGCCCCCCCCCCAGGCUGCCCGUGUCCGCCGCCCUGUAAUAUAAGUGCUCGUUUGGGUCCAGGGGACGCCGACCAAUCCGGACAGAGGAACCGACGCUCGGGGGGGCCUCGGGGGUGGGGUGGGGGGCUUGGAGCGAAGAAUUAAAACAAAAAACAAAGCCAACUGCCUCGUGGCGACCGGCCA